GAAAGAUCAAGUGUAAACCUUCUCUGAUAUACCGUGAAUCUUUCGUACAAGAAUGAUAAGCGCUAAGGCUAUUUUGAGCAGAUACGAAAGUUAACCGCAAACCUGAGUCCUCCUCCCUCUUUUAUAGGCGAGGCUCAGGUAUGCGUACAAAGGCUUCUUGCCUGAGUAUGGGCCUAACACUUGGCCCAUAUUGUAUACUAUUCUAACAAAUAUAUUUAAUCAGUACAGAAUAGAAAUAGCAAACAUCUAACUUAUUACAGACAAGACAGACAAACUUGAUUCACAAUAAAUAGUCUUCAACAUCUCCAACAUGUUAUAUGAUGUCUAUUGCACCCUCCACGGCACGGCUUUUGGGAUGAGUUGGAUAGGAAAUAUAAUACUGAGGACCACGGUCUUGAAAAGUAUAUUGUUUCUAAAUUCCUACGAUUUGACAUGAAAGAAGGUAAAUCGGUGUUAGAACAGACACAAGAAUUUGAGCUUAUCUUACAUUCUCAGAUUCUCUUCGUAAAGCAGAUAUGGAAUCGCCUGAAAAUUUUAAAGUGAUGUCGGUCAUAGAAAAAUUUCCCAAAUCAUGGGAAGAUUUUGGUAUGACUUUAAAACAUAAAAUGAAAAAGAUCACUUGGAAAUCUUUGAUGCAUUCCAUUACUGUUGAGGAGGAACAUAAGAAAGCAAGUUAUGUUGCGCCGGUUGAAUUUCAGCCAAAGGCUCAUGUGUUGACCAGGGGGAAACAGUCACAAAUUUCUAAAAAUAAACAACCAUCAUCUUUUAAACCAAUAAAGGCCAAACUAAAAAUUAUAAAGAAACCAAAGGCAAACCGUCCAUGUUGGAACUGUGGACAGAUGGGGCAUUGGGCCAAAUUGUACCCAAAUAAAAAGGCUAAGGCUCAAUGUGGUGGACCUCAAGUCAACAUGGUGACUGGAGGAACUAGUUCUGAUGGCCUGCGGUUGGAAGAACAGUGAUGAUGGAAAACACAAGUGCUGCUAGUGUGCAUGGA